UUUAACCUGGCAUUAGGCCUCGCACACUCGCAGAGAAUCACUGAAGGAGAGGAUGGGCCUGAGGAGAGUCACUUUAACUCACUGGAGCUGGGAGUAUUGAGAGGAUGGGAAGGAAAAGUUGGUGAGAAGAGGAAAAAAAAGGAAAACUGACAGAGCAGCCAUGACGUGGAGGAGCCCUCUGGCUGUGGUCAGGGAUGCUCUGAGAGGUCAGAGGGCGAGGGAUAAGGACCUACGCAACUUGGUGUCCAAUCUGCCUUACGAGGGGCUGGAUAAGGCCAAGCAGCCCAACCGCUACUUCCCCAGCAAUGCCAUCAAGACCACCAAAUACACCCUCCUCCUCUUCAUCCCCAUGAACCUUUAUGAGCAGUUUCACCGUUGGGCCAACAUCUACUUUGUGGGCCUGGCUAUUCUGAACUUUGUCCCAGUGGUGAACGCCUUCCAGCCCGAGGUUGCUCUGAUCCCCAUCUGUGUCAUCCUGUCUCUGACGGCCCUGAAGGACGCCUGGGAGGACUUCAGGAGGUACCAGUCGGACAGGAAGCUCAACAACACUCCGUGCUUCAUCUACAGCAGGAAAGAGAAACAGUAUAUAGACAGGCGUUGGAAAGACGUACGAGUGGGGGAUUUUGUGAAGGUGCUUUGCAAUGAGAUCAUCCCCGCAGACCUCCUUCUCAUGCACACAUCGGACCCCAACGGUGUUUGCCACAUAGAGACGGCCAACCUGGACGGAGAGACCAACCUGAAGCAGAGGAAGGUGGUGCCAGGCCUCUGCAACUCGGAUUCUGAAUUUGACCCUGAGAGCUUCAGCGGCAUCGUAGUGUGUGAAAAGCCCAACAACAAUCUGAAUCAUUUCAAGUGUUACGUAGAGAAACCUGAUAAGGAGAAGGUGGGCGCCGGCAUCGAGAGUCUGCUGCUGCGAGGCUGCACAGUGAGAAACACGGACCAUGCUGUUGGCUUUGUGGUGUAUGCAGGCCAUGAAACUAAGUCCAUGCUCAACAACAAUGGGCCGAGGUACAAGCGCAGCAAACUGGAGCGGAAGCUGAACACAGACGUCAUCUUCUGCGUCAUUCUCCUCCUUAGCAUGUGUCUCGUCGGAGCAGUAGGUCACUUCUUAUGGCUGCAGGCGCUGCCCGGUGUGCCCCCUUACCUGGUCCCUGACAGCAACGGUCACCUGGACAGUCCCAGUCUGUCUGGCUUCUACAUGUUCUUCACCAUGAUCAUCCUGCUGCAGGUCCUGAUUCCUAUCUCCCUGUACGUGUCCAUUGAGUUGGUGAAGAUCGGUCAGAUCUUCUUCAUCACUAAUGACAUUGAUCUGUACGAUGAGGAGACAGACAGCCGCAUGCAGUGUAAGGCCCUGAACAUCACCGAGGACCUGGGACAGAUUGAAUACAUCUUCUCGGACAAGACUGGCACCCUCACUGAGAAUAAGAUGGUGUUUCGGCGAUGCUCCAUCAUGGGCACUGAGUACCCACACAAAGAGAACGCCGUCCGCCUCGCUGUCCUUGAUGAACCAGAGACAGAGGAGGAGGUCAUCUUCAACCAGCGGCCACGACCCCCACAGACUGGAUGGUCCCUGAAUGCUGAGGACACCAUCCCUGAAGACAGACAGCAUCGCCAUGGCAGCCGACGCAAGAGCAAGGUCUCAGGAAAUGCCCAGAGCGAUGUGGCCUUCAGCAGUCCACUGGAAACUGAGGUGAUUCCAGACAGGAAGCUGCUUCAGCAGAUUAGCAGGCCAGAGUGCAGCGGCGGUGCCAGCCGGCAGACAGAUCCCUACCUGGACUUUUUUCUGGCUCUCGCCAUUUGCAACACUGUGAUGGUUUCCAUGGCAACAGCUCAGAGACGGAGGGUGAGUUGGUUUUCACGCUCCUGCCAGACAAACACCCCACUGGAUACUGUGUCCAAUCUGGUGAAAAAGGCUGGCUCUCUUCGCCAUAUUUUUACCUCCUGGCAGCGCAAACCAAAGCAAAAUCGCACCCUCUCGGAGGACUCAGUUAUAGAGGAGGACCACUUUAAUCCUCCUGUAAAAACCGAGGGGACUGGGGACACCAAUGGGCUCCAAACAUGUACGCUCCAUGCACUGUCCCGGUACAACAGGCCUGCAGCGACCUCAGAUAAUCUGAGCUAUGAGGCGGAGAGUCCAGACGAGGCCGCCUUGGUGCACGCGGCCAAGGCAUAUGGCUUCAUUCUGCUGGGCCGCACCCCUGACAGUGUGACUGUGAGGCUCCCGUCUGGGGAGGAACUGGUGUUUGAGGUGCUGGACACCUUGGCCUUUGACUCCAACAGGAAGAGAAUGUCAGUUUUGGUGCGACACCCAAUCACCAGAGAGUAUGUGCUGUACACUAAAGGUGCAGACUAUGCCAUCAUGGAGCUACUUGGUACACCAUAUGCAGAGCACCUCAGUGGGAGUCAGAAGAAUAUAGCAGCUGAUACUCAGCAUCACCUCGACUGCUAUGCUAAGGAGGGCCUGCGUACACUAUGCUUUACAAAGAAGGUUGUGAGUGACAAAGCAUAUGAAAGCUGGCUAGUUAACAGAAAGAGUGCUCUGGCUGCUAUAGACAACAGGGAGGAGCUCAUCAUGGACAGUGCAGUGCAGCUGGAGACAAAUCUCUCCCUGCUGGGAGCGACGGGCAUCGAGGACCGUCUCCAGGAGAGCGUCCCAGACACCAUCGUGGCGCUGCGGGAGGCAGGGAUCCAGGUGUGGGUGCUGACUGGUGACAAGCCGGAGACAGCUGUCAACAUCGGCUAUGCCUGCAGGCUCCUGGAGGAGGAGGACCUGGUGAUUAACAUGAGCUGCGAAAACAAGCUCACGUGUACAUCCAUCCUGGACUGCACCCUGGAGGAGGUGAGGAGGUACAGCCAAGACCCUCGCAAUGUGGACACGACCCCGGACAUCUCCCUGGUGAUUGACGGACGCACCCUGACCAUGGCUCUGUCGUCAGACCUGCAGGACCGCUUCGUGGAACUGGCGAGGCGCUGCCGCUCCGUCCUCUGCUGCAGGGUCACGCCCUUACAGAAGAGCAGAGUGGUGAAGGCGAUACGGGAGAAACUCAAGGUCAUGACCCUCGCUGUUGGUGAUGGUGCAAAUGAUGUCAACAUGAUCCAAGCAGCUGAUAUCGGCGUCGGGAUAUCCGGUCAGGAGGGCAUGCAGGCAGUCAUGGCGAGUGAUUUUGCUAUAUCUCGCUUCAAACACCUGAAAAAACUUCUCCUGGUCCAUGGACACUGGUGCUACACGCGACUGGCCAACAUGAUCAUUUACUUCUUCUAUAAGAAUGUGGCCUACGUGAACCUGCUGUUCUGGUAUCAGUUCUUCUGCGGCUUCUCCGGCACUGCCAUGAUCGACUACUGGCUGAUGAUUUUCUUCAACCUCUUCUUCACCUCUGUGCCACCCAUCAUGUUUGGGAUAAUGGACAAAGAUGUUUCUGCAGAGAUGCUGCUGGGUGUCCCUGAACUAUAUAGGACCGGACGGGGUGCAGGGGAAUACAAGCGUUCAACUUUCUGGGUUUCUAUGCUCGAUGCCUUCUAUCAGAGUCUGGUGUGCUUCUUUAUUCCAUACUUGGCUUACCAGGAUUCAGACAUUGAUGUUUUUACCUUUGGAACUCCUUUGAACACAAUUUCUCUAUUUACCAUCCUGCUGCAUCUGUCAAUAGAGAUCAAAGCCUGGACGGUGGUUCAUUGGCUGACCAUGCUGGGCAGUGUGGCAGUGUUCUUCAUUGUGACGCUGGCCUACAGCGCCACCUGCAUCACCUGCAACCCUCCAUCCAACCCAUACUGGAUCCUCCAGAGCCAGAUGGCCGACCCCAUGUUCUACCUUAUCUGCAUCAUCACCACCGUGGUGGCUCUGCUGCCCAGGUACAUGUUUCACGUGCUGAGGAACUCUAUCGCCCCCUCCCCGCUCAUGCAAGCCAGGCAUCUGGACCGGCUGGACCCCUACUCGAGGGACCAGUGGAUCAAGGAGUGGAGGAGCUUCAGGGGUGGAGGGUGUGUCAAACGCUCCAGGCUGUCCACCCCACCCUCUCCCACCCUGGAGACCCCUGCAGACAUUUACCCCCAGUCUUCCACCACCUCUGACAUCAUGGGGGAUGAAUUCACACUGAAUGUCAUCACUGAAAACAGUCAGAGGCCUAGACACACGAGAAACAAUGAUUCCUUGGCAACUUGAAGGACAGAAGCAGCAUUAAGAUGAUUAUUUAUCCAGAAAACUGUAAAUACUCUGAAGUGGCUCAAAAGUGCCAACAUCCCAGUGCCGGGUAAUGUCUCCUUUUCUGGUGGGUGGGGGAGGUGGUCUUACAUAAAAGCAAUCAGGGAGAAAUACUCUUCUUCUCUGACUUGUGACAAAUCAUCGAUUGGGGUGAUGAGUUCAUUUUGUAAUAAACUGCUCAGACAAAAAGCAUGUAGGCCCUCUCCUCCUUACGCUCAUCAUAACAAGCUGCCAUAGCGAACACAUAAGCCUGUUACUUUCCUGAUGGGUUUUCAGAGCACGGUGGUAACCCAAUUAGUCAUGCCACCCACCCCUCCAAAAAGUGGCACUUCUCCAGAACAAAAUGCUUAGCUGGUUUAAUAUAUUCCUCUCACCUAGAUACCCUAAACAGUCACAAUGCAUCCUGUCACAGAGGCGAACACGUGUGGUUCACAGACUCUCCAUUUAACUCGCCUGUGUUGGAAAAAAAUCUGAUGUGUUUUUUUUUUUUAUAGGCUGGGCCUGUGACAAGUUUUGUAUAUUUUUGUCUAACUGUUUAAUUUGCAAUCAAAUGUUGUUUUCCUCUGA